AAAGUCUAUCAAUAAAGCGUCAAAAUAGGCGUCAUUUGUAAGAAUUUCAUGAAACAAAAAAGUGUUGAACUAUUUUUGUUGAGAAAAACCAAAACUAAAUAAUGGGUGAAAAGACAAAACUUCUUCGCGAUUCUUCGGACGAGAAGUCAAGUAAAAGAUACGGUAGUGUUAGCUAUAAGUAUACGUUAAUAGAUUCAGUUCCCAAAACUCAUUUCACGAAAAGUCACUGCAUUUUAGUGAGCGUUGCGUUAAGUGUAGUGAUUAUCACAUUUUCGGUCACUUUAGCGCUCGGUUUACCAAAACUUCGCGAAAAACGGGAACUAUAUUUGAGGGGAGAGUUCAUUGAAUCCAAUGCAGAGGAAGCGGUCUUCAGUAAGUCUGCGGUUGUGGUCGACGGCCAGCCCUGCGCUCAGAUCGGCAAAGAUGUGUUGGCCAGAAAUGGUUCGGCAGUCGACGCGGCCAUAGCUCUGCUCUUUUGCGAUGAAAUAGCGAACCCUCAAAGUUCUGGUAUUGGAGGAGGAUUUCUAAUGAUUGUCUACAACAGAGCCAAUAAAACAAGUGAAGUGAUCGAUGCCAGAGAAACAGCACCAAAAAACUUAGACAUAAAUAUCUUCAAAAAUAAUAUUUCACUCUUGAAAGAGGACGGGCCGUCGAUCGCAAUUCCGGGUCAGUUGAAGGGAAUGAUUUUGGCGCACCAGAGGUACGGCAAACUCAACUGGUCUUCACUGGUCGAGCCAUCCAUACAAUUGGCGAAGAAUGGCAUAAUUGUGAGCCAGUAUUUGGACAAAGUUUUAAUACAAUCGCAAAAACAAAUCUUAAACGAAGAGUCGCUGAAAGAGAUAUUUGUGAACAACGCGACGGGAAAUGUGUAUAAAUCGGGAGAAAUUCUUAAAAGACCGAAAUUAGCCGAAACUUUAGAAAAGAUCGCCAAAAAUCCAGAAGAGUUUUAUAGCGGAUCCAUUGCUAACGAUUUAAUUAACGAUAUCAAUGGUCUGAACGGAAACAUAACAGUGGAUGACAUGAAGAGUUAUUCGGCAAAAGUCCGCAAUCCUAUCAACGUUACCAUUCAUAGCGGAGACUACACUCUGUUAACGGUUCCGCCGCCGGGCAGUGGAGUACUGGUCUCGUAUGUGCUCAACAUUUUGGACAAUUAUAACACCACUUGCGACCAAACAAGUGAUGUAAACGAUAGGAUACUAUUCUUUCAUCGUUUUGUGGAGGCUUUGAAGUUCGCGUUUGGGAAGCGAUUGGGUUUAGGAGAUCCAGACUUUGUGGACAACACAGCGCUUAUCCGAGAUCUCACUUCUCAUACAUUGGCCGACGAAACGCAACAACGAAUCCAAGAGAGCGCUCAACCCAUUGCUUAUUACGGAUUAACGGGACAACCGCUCAAUGACGAGGGAACCGGUCAUAUAUCGGUGAUAGCGCCCAAUGGGGACACCGUUUCUGUCACUUCGAGUAUUAAUUCCGUGUUUGGAUCCAAAAGGAUAUCCCAAUCGACGGGAAUUAUACUCAAUAACGAGAUGAAAGACUUUGCGGUCGACGCGAAUGGCAUCCCAUCGGACGACUCGCCCAAUAGUAUGAUUGGAGGCAAACGACCGCUCACUUCGAUGUCGCCCACAAUUAUCAUCGAUAGAAAUGGCGACACAAAGCUCGCCAUCGGAGGUAUUGGCGGCACCAGAAUAUUGUCGUCGGUGUCGCAAGUGUUGUAUCAAACGCUAUGGCGCUGUAAGUCGUUAAAAGAGGCGACCGAUACCUCUCGCCUCUACAUAGAUAUCAACCAAAAUACGGUCUUAUAUGAGGCCGAGUUCCCCAAAGUCUAUACCGACGGACUCUACCAUUUCGGCCAUCGCUUAGCCGUCGAUCACAUCAUUUCCUCGGUUUAUAGUAUUCUUGAGACAAACUCCACGUUCAGAGCGUAUGUCGAUCACCGAAAGGGCGGCUCUUCGGACGGCUUCUGA